UCUCUCUGUCUCACACUCUGAGCACUACGUCUGUUGUAGGAGUGCUCGUGUCCCAUAGUGCACUCGUCUAGGGAGUGUUGUGGGAGUUGGGACUGAACCCACAUGACUUUGGAACUAUAAACUGAGGAGCUACAGCACUGGUGAAGUUACCUGAGGUGAAGUGGAACUGGAAGUGUUGGUUAUCUGUGAGUGAAACAUGGCUCAGGUGUUCGGUCUACCCGGUCAGGUGUGUGGUGGGACAGGUCAUGUGAAGCGUGCUCAUGCAGAGGUGCAGAAGAUGUGUGAUGAGGUGAAGCAACAGGUAGAAGAGAAAGCUGGGAAAAAGUUUGCUGAGUUCAAAGCCAUAGCGUUCAGCACUCAGAGUGUAUCAGGAACAAAUUACUUCAUUAAGGUGGGAGAGAAAGACUACAUCCACCUGUGUGUGUUCAGGUCUCUCCCCAGUGAUGGAUAUAAACUCUCACUGAAAAAAAUCGAGACCUCAAAAACUAGCACGGACCCAAUUGAAUACUUCUGACAAGCACACACACACACACACACACACACACACACACACACACACACACACACACACACACACACACACGCUGUUGUGUUUAAAAUCAAAAUAAAAUGUCAGUUUAAACAUUUCACUCCAUGUUGUAUGUGACAAAUAAAAUUUGAUUUGAUUUAAA